UCUUACACCAACCCAAACAUUCACAAUGGAAACCUUGCAGCCAUUGCUAUUUCGACUACCUCGUGAGCUCCGCGACGAGAUCUACCAAUAUACUCUUGACGAUGAUCUCAAGCAACAACGGCUCGACUUCCAGCAGCGCCAUGAUGUCCGUGAACGAGCGAUAACACCUCCAAUACGCGCACUACCUCCUAUCUGUGGAGUUUCAAAGCAAGUAUACUACGAAGCGACACCUUUCUUCCUGAGCCAGAUCACGCCUCUCUCCCUCACUGUCGAGACGACAUGCUGGCUGCGAAAGUGGCUGGCAACCUUCCCUUCCGAGACCGGAUAUCGCGCAAUCCGCCAGCUUGCUUUCCGCAGCUUCCACGGUCCUGAGCAGAUCAAAGGCUUCGAGCUUAUAGCACUAUGCCCCAAUCUGCGGUCCCUGGACGUCAUGUUCGGUGAUGAGUACUCAGAUCCCGGCACUGUCCCUUCCCUCGCAAUCGAAUCGCUCAGCAGCGCGGCGAAUGCGUACGAUACCCUCGAAAACAUCGUCGUCAUGCACCAACUACACAGAUAUAUCGAGAUUCCGAAGCUUGAACGUAUGGAUUUUGGAUUUCACGACUGGCAAGGGGAUGUCAGCUGCGAACGAGCUCGGCAGGUGAUGGAAUGGUUGCGUGUCAAAUUUCAUGCGAAAGGCAGGGAUGUGCAUAUCGAGUGUCAACAGAUGCGGCAGGAAAUGAGCGAUAGCGACGACGACUUUGUAUGUGCCCUUUGGGAUUGAUGGAUCGACGAGGACUUGGCAGUUUCUAGAGUCUGCUUGAAAUGGGGGAAAAUUCGACUGCAUGCCAAACAAGCGUUCAAUUUUUUUACUUCAGAAGUAACAAUGACUCACGUCAAUUUUUGAA